AUGGGAGUUUGUACCUCAUAAAGUCAACCAAAGAAAGUAAAGCAACAUAAACAUUAAUCUGUAACCAUGCCACCUUAGUAGCCACUAACUACAAGGGAACAAAAAACUGUUACAGUGUAAUUUUAAGAGCCAACUUCGAUUCAAAGAAUUACUACACCAGUUCGUCGUGUUUCACCUAAUCAAGCAACAACCCCUGUCAAAAAAGCAUCACCAAAUUAAGCAACAACUCCAGUUUAAAGAGUUUCUCCAUCUUUGAACUCAACACCUAAAACAAUGAUUGUCUAAUCAACAUCAUAAUAAUAAGAGAAAACCAGAAACGGAUCAUUACUAAAUAUUCCCAUGUAAAGAAUGAGUACAAAACCAGGCACAAAAUCAAUCUAAUCUCCAGCCUCUAGAAAAUAUUCUGUUGUUUCUGGAUAAAAUCACAGUAAAUGUUUUGUCUAAUUAUUUAAGAUAAUCAUAGUAAAACGGUCAUGUAACACAAUGAGACUGGACAAUUGGUGCUAGUAGAAAUGCUUAAAUUUGAGAAUAGAAAUCAACAAUAUAUUGACAUGUUAGAUGAACUUCAAUUAGUAAUUUUCUAUAAAAAUAUCCAUUUUAGAACCAUAUGCAUAUAGUUAAAAUUGUAGAUAUUCAUAUCGAUUCACAUAAAAGAAAUUAUUAAGUUGUUUAUGAGUAUUGUCAAGGUGGAACACUCUCAAAGUUUCUAGAGUCAAACAAAUUGGAAUAUUAGACUAUUGGAUCUAUAUUUUAUUAAAUGGUAGAAGCCAUAGCAUAUAUACAUUAAUUAGGUUACAGCCAUGAUGAAUUAACUAUUGAUAGUUUUUCAAUAUUUGAUGAUACUUCUACACCCUUUAUCAAAUUAUCAGAGAUUAGAAGCAUCUAUUAAUUUAUGUAUCCUAAAAAUUCAUUAAAUUAUGAACCACCUAAUUCACCUAAUCAUAAUCAUUAAAAAGAUACAGGUAAAUUCUAAAAUAUACAAACCAAAAAUAGAAGUUAAUCAAAUGAUGUUUGGGCAUUGGCUAUCAUUGUUUUAUAAUUAUUAAAUUAAUAAUUUCCUUUUGAUAUUGAAGAAAUUAACAAAUUCAAACCAGAAAAAGUUUAUGCUAAAUAAUAAUUAGAUAUCUAUCCUCUUAUAAUUGAUAUGCUUAGACAUAACCCUAAUGAGAGAUUGACAUUAGAUAAAUGUUUGCUUCAUCCUUAUUUAAUGAAUAUGAAAUAGAUUUAACCUAAAGAUUAUUUGUAACCCUUUAUAAAUAUUACAAAAUCCAAGAAUAUGACUUAUCUACAUAAAUGUCUAUUUCAAUAUCUUCUAUCCAUCUAUGCGACUGAUCAUUUAAAAGUAUUAACCAAACUAUUCACUAAUGCAGAUCUAGAUAAAGAUAGUAAAUUAAAUGAACAAGAAUUAUAAAUACUCUUCAAUGAAAAACCUGAAGAAUACUCAUUCAAUAUUUCCGACUUUGUUGACAUAACUCUAGAGGAUUUUCUAUUAUUGGCUGCUGAUAAACAAUUUGUACUUACUUAGGAUUGUCUCACUUAAAGUUUUAAGACUUUAUCAAAACCUUACAAUUACUUAACUCCAAAAUUAAUUUGUAAGGUCAUUACAGAUUGUGAUGAGAUUAAGCUCUAAUAAGAUUUUGAUGCAUUUAACUUAAAUUACUCAGUAAAUAUUAUAUAUUAAUUUCAAUUUAGUUUUAAUAAUAAGAAUACGAAGGAUUUCUCAUCAAUUAUCAAUCUCCUAAACCAAUUGUUUGAA